AUGUUAAUUAGAUUCAGAUCAAAGGAUGGGAUGCACAGAGUAUCCUGUGAACAGACUGAUUUGUUUGGUACACUACUAGAAAAAUUCUUAACUCAAUUAAAGCAACCAGUAGAUGUUUCCUCAAUUACGGUUAGCGAUAAACCUGGAUCCAGUAAUGAUGGUGAACCAGUAGGGAAUAUAAUUCAAAGAUCUGUUAAUGAUUUGGGUUUAAGUCAUGGUGACAUUGUAUACAUAAAUUAUGACAAAAGUUCAGCAGCAGAUAUUAUUGAGACAACUGCAGCUGUUGCCACUACACAUAUUUCACAACAGCAUGACUCUAUUGCAAAUAGUGUUAAAAUUGAGCCCCUAAAGAAUAAGGAAGAUAAUUUUGCUAAUGUCCCUGAAUUACCAAUUGAUAUAGAAUUGGAGAAUGAAAAUGGAUCUAUUCCAAGAAAGAGAUCUCAGCUUUGUAAACAUGGUGAUAAAGGGAUGUGUGAGUAUUGUUCCCCGUUACCACCAUGGGAUAAAAAUUAUCACGAAGAAAAUAAUAUUAAACAUAUUUCAUUUCAUUCUUACUUGAAAAGAAUCAAUGAAACCACAAAUAAAAAAGAAAAUGGGAGUUCAUAUAUUGCACCUUUAUCUCAAUCAAACUUUAAAAUCGAUUUACAUUGUAGUAAUGGACAUGAACCAUGGCCUCGUGGUAUUUGCUCUAAAUGUCAACCUUCUGCAAUUACUUUACAACAACAAGAGUUUAGAAUGGUAGAUCAUGUUGAAUUUCAAAAUAGUGGAUUGAUUAAUAAUUUUAUAGAAGCAUGGAGAUCCACCGGUAUGCAAAGAUUUGCUUAUAUGUAUGGUACUUAUAAAAAAUAUGACUCAACACCAUUGGGUAUUAAAGCUGUCGUCGAAGCAAUUUAUGAACCACCUCAACAUGAUGAACAGGAUGGUCUAACAAUGGAUAAAGAACAAGUUGUAAAAGAAAUGAAAGAUAUAGAUGCAUUAGCCACAAAGAUGGGAUUAUCAAGAAUUGGUCUAAUAUUUACAGAUUUAACCGAUUCUGGUAAUGGUGACGGUUCUGUGUUUUGUAAAAGACAUAAAGAUUCGUUUUUCCUUUCAUCAUUUGAAGUGAUCAUGGCCGCAAAACACCAAUUGGAAUACCCAAAUAUAUGCAAAUUUAGUGAACAAAAUAUUUUUUCUUCUAAAUUUGUCACUUGCGUUGUCUCUGGGAACCUUGAAGGCAAUAUUGAUAUAUCUAGUUACCAAGUAUCAACCGAUGCAGAAGCCUUAGUUGAUGCAACAAUCAUUAGCGGUUCUACUCAUCCAUCUAUGUCAUACAUCAAUGAAACCAACAAUAAAAGAUAUGUUCCAGAGAUAUUUUACAUGAAGAAAAAUGAAUAUAAUUUAACUGUUAAGGAGAAUGCCAAACCGGCAUUCCCAAAUGAUUAUUUAUUAGUUUCUUUAUCUCAUGGGUUUCCAAAUACAGAAUCUUCAGAUGACACAGAACAACAAUCCAUAUCAAAUUCUCCGAAAUUUAUUAGUAAAAAUAGUUUCCCAUGGGCUAAUAGACAAGCAAUGGGACAUUCUCAGGAUUAUCAGGAAUUGAAGAAAUAUAUAUUCCAAGCCGCUACAAGUGAUAAUUUCAAUGAGUUACAUGAACAAAUCUCAAAUUUCCAUUUUCUUAUUUACAUUCAUAGUCUUCAAAUAUUGAAUGAAGAACAAUGGAACCUUUUGGUCAAAGCUGCUACAACAACAGCCCCUGAUGAGGAUUACGAGACCCCUCUAUUACAACUUAUUACAACCCCUGAAUGGCAAACAUUAAUAAUGAUCCUUCAAGAGAGUGCUUAG